AACGAGGGGAAGGGGGUGAGAGACGUGAGGAGAGGCUAAGAUGGCGGACGACCUGGAUGAGCUGCUGGACGAGGUAGAGAACAAGUUCUGCCGCCUCUCGAGGCGAGACUGUUCGGAGCGAGGACGGCCGGGCCAGGGGCAGAAAAGGAACCGCUUCCGCGAGGAGGAGGAAGAGGCCGAAGCCGAGGCCGCCGCGGCGGGGGAGAGGGCCAGAUUUUCCAACGUAUUGACAAAAGGUGCUAGUGAAGAAGAAGACAUAGAUGACAUAAUUCAAGAUAUCAUCGACGAAAACAGCUAUGCCAAAAAUCUUGUGAAACCAAAAUCUAAGUCACCUAGCCCUGCAUAUGAAAAUAAAACUACCUCCGUUCAAGCUCAUGGUAAGAGAUGUUGCCCUGUAUACCUUGGUGGAAGCAGCUCGCCACAUGGUAUAGGAACAAAUAUUUCUCAGAGAACCUGUGAUCAGCUGCGGUGUACGGCAUGUGACUUCUGUGUUUUGCAAUACGAUGACUUUCAGUGGGAUCAGUCAUGUGAUUACCUCUUUUUCAGGAAUAACAUGCCUGAAUUCCGCAAGUUGAGGACGAAGAUGCUAACCAAGAAAGGAUCGAGGGCCUAUGCUUGUCAGUGCACUUGGAGAUCAAUAGAUGAAUUAACAGAGCUCACUGGGGAUCGACAGCUCCGCUGGGUUUGCAGCAAACACGUCGAAUGAAGUUGUCUUUGUCAUUCACAUACUCAUUUCUGUAUGAAGACCAUCUGUUCUUUGCUUGGCAUCAUGAGUGAUGAAUUGAGUGUGUUCCGUGUAAAAUUAGAUCUUGAUCAUCCAAAUACAAACUGUGGACUUUGCCUUGUCUGCAAUUCCCUUGUGAACUAUCGGAACUGGGAGGAGGGGGGGGGGCAUAGUAAGCUGGAGACCUUCCUCAGCCUAGAGGACCAGGCUGGCAGAACUGUUGAGUAUUUCCAACGUAGCAGGGAGUGAAGCUGAAAGGAAACAAGGUCUGGGUCCUAGAAGGCAUCCCACAAAUGUAGAAGCGAUAGAUACACCUGAAAAGAACACUUGGGUUAGAACACUUUUUGAAUACACGUGUGGGAUAUUUUGGCUUUGGCUUUUUUCCUGCAGAUGUGUAUGUAGUGAGCCAAUCUUCAAAUUAAUACCAGUUUGGAGUUGUUUUAGCAGGAUGCUGGAGCUUGCCUUCAGAGCAAGAGCAAAUAGCUGGGACAGUCCAGCAAUGGGAAGGAAAAUGACACGACAGGUCCAGCAUUUUAAUAAGCUCAUUUCUAGUGGUGAGGCAGGUCCUUAGGCUGCAGUCUUCAUGCACGUCAUCCCAGGAAUCAGCCCCACUGGACACAGUGGUACUUGCUUCCAAAUAAACAUAACUAGAGUUGAACUAGGGUGGAGCUCUUUCCGCUCCCUUAAGUCUGCAAUCCUGUGCACACGCACUUGGAACAAAGUCCCACUGAAUCCAGUAGGACUUACUUCUGAGUAGAAUGCAUUGGAUUGAGCCACUCAAAGCUGUUCAUGUAAAUCAGGCAUCCCCAAACUGCGGCCCUCCAGCUGUUUUGGCCUACAACUCCCAUGAUCCCUAGCUAACAGGACCAGUGGUCAGGGAAGAUGGGAAUUGUAAUCCAAAACAUCUGGAGGGCCGAAGUUUGGGGGUGCCUGAUGUAAAUGAUAUCGCGACGGAGCCUAAACAAUUUUUUUUUGCAAUGAUAUUCAAAAUCAAUGUCUUUUUUGCAGGGGACAAGGGUAAACGUCCUAUUAGGUAUAGGAUUAUUCCACCUUCGCUGACACUCUGCAAGUUUUAAGUUAUCAGAAAACUGUUGUUAGAUGUCUGUUUCAGUUGUCUUUUGAGAUUGUCAAUGCAUCCACAUUUUAUGUUUUAAUCUUUGUAUCGGAAUACCAAAUAUAAUCAAAGCGGUUCAGAAUUGAGCCAAUGGGUGAUACCCAGUGUUAGUCAGGCCCAGAGUGAACGCAUUGAAAUGAACUGGACUUGCAUAACUAAAUUCCCUUGAUUUCAGUGGGUCUGCUCAGAGGAUGACUUAGCAGGGUAUCGUGACAGUUUUUGAGUUGUAUGAUUUAGCUGAUCCUGAAUUAUUUUCUCAACCAACACAUGUAGCACUAUUCCAGGAGUUUUUUCUGUAGCACUGAAAGUUUAAAAGCGCAUUGAAGCGUAAACAAUUGUAGCAAGCAAGUAGUACUCAGAAUGUGGGAAACAAUAGCACAUUUGGAAAACAAUGGUUGCUCAUAUGAUCUCAAAACACAUCAUCCUAUGCAAGGAAUUUCAGUUGCUUUUUAGACCAUGUAAUCUGUUUAGAAUCAGAGUAUAAAUAACUUGAAUACACUUUCUUUUAAACCAAAAUAUGGAAUCUAAAAGUGCACAAGGCAGAAAUCGUUCCCUCUGAUUUCUCUGUAAUGCUACAGUCAUUAAAAGUUGUAUUCUUGGCAUAUCUGAAUAAGUUGGUUAAAUUUCAUAUAUUAAUCGCCUGUUGUAUUUUUUCUUUUUGGCCCCCAUGGUAUCUUGAUAGCUGACACAUGCCUGAAAUGUUAAAUACAUGCGUAGUUUGGUAUUUAUGAAAUAAGGAAUGUGAAACCCACUGAAUAAUUGGUAAACAGCACUGUAUAAAUACUGAUGAUGAUGAUUAUCAUCAUCAUCAUUAUUGAGAGAUGGGGUUGGGAGUGAAUAUAAAUAUUGGUUACUGAUGGGAGGCAGGGUUUGGUGUGACUGAUUCUAGCCAGACAUAGCUGGCUGGACCUAAGGUGCUGUUAGACCAGGAAUGAGGACUCCCAACUCCCAUCAGCUUAGCCAACAGUCAGGAAAGUUAGUCCAACAACACCUGGAGGGCAUCCCUGAUUUAGACAGUGGUUGACACAGCAAACAUCACUAGAUUCUAUCAUCUUUAAGAGCUAGUUCUGUGCAGUGUAAGCCAGGAGGUUCCUCAGAUACAAAUGCACUAGGUGACCUUAGACAAAGUACUGGUCCUCCACGAACACCAUCUGCAGUAUGUGGAUAAUAGCCCAGGCCAGUCUUAUCAGGUUACUGUUGGAAUUACUGAACUAUUGUGCCUGGAGAACUUCAAAAGUGCCUCAAUGUGUUACAAACAAGUACAACAAUUUGACUUCUUAAACAAGACUUCAACUCAGUUGUGGGGGCAAGGGGGGGGGAAUUAAAGAAAAGGAUCUGCUCUGGACUUGGAUUGUAGAUGAAAUAGAAACAGUAAUUGGCAAUUUAAAAUAUUGCAGACUAUAUCUGAAAGAUUUUAAAUAUUACACAUUUUACACAGCACAAGGCAUUAAGUAUCUCAUAUUUUAGGUGCCCAUGAAGUGUUUGAUCAUCUUCAUUGGUCCUUUUCAUUUUGUGUCUUGGAAAGAAUAAAUUUUGGUAGGUAUUCUACACAGGUAAUCAGAGCUCUAUAUUGUCCGAUAAUGACAAGAGUCCACGUCAACCGAUGUGAUUGACGGAGUUUUAAAACACAUAGGGGAACUGAACAGGGGUGUCCCCUUUUCCCUUUGUUAUUGGUUCCUUCAUUAGAACCAUUAGCUGAAACCCUUCGUAAGAAUACAAAAAUGUUGAGUGUCAUAAUAAAUGAGCAAGAACAUAAAAGAAAGCAAAGCUAAUGCACUUUGAUAACUGAAUCUGGGAGGGGUGGUAUUCAGAGUAGGCUGUUACUUGCUUUUCAUUUGACUUACCUGAUAGAUCUUCCGUUACAUGCUCUGUGUGGGUCACUGACAUAUUAUUAUUCUUUCCUACCUGUAUUACUAUAUAUAAUCAAAGCACAGUAAUAUCCCCUGCAGUCCUGCAGUUUCCAUUCUCUCAAUAAUGUUGGCAGCUCAGGUCUCUGAAACCUGCAGGAUUUAAGGGCUAAGUGGGCAUGGACAGAGUUGAUUAUUUGGUUCUGAGCCAUCUGUUGGGAAAGCGGUUGACCUACAUAGGCAGUCUGAAGGGAGGGCUUCACAAUGCCACGUUUGAAGCCAAAUAGGAUUCUUUCCCCCCUCUCAGAGUUGCUGAAGGGGGGGGGGCUUGUUAUUUACACAAACCCUUUGCUCAUGGCAAAUGAGAUACCUGAACUGUUUGCCAUGAGAAAACUCCAUGAAUUGGAUUGCAAAACCUUCCAGCGACUAUUCAGGGAUAAGAGCAGGCCAAGUAUAUGAACUAGCCCCAGGAUGAUUCACAAAAAUAUCCUUUUCCAUGUUUUUCCCAGUGCACACUAGCUUUUGGUCAACCCGGCUUUGACUUGUACAAGUUGGUUUGCUGGAUGCUUCAAAUCAACAUUCAUCCUGAGAGACCCCAAUCGCACUUAGAAAUUGAUGGGACACAUUGUUAGCAAGGUUGGUCUGUGUCCACUCCUGCUGACUUUUAGUUAUUAUUUUUAUUUAUUACAUUUCUAUACCACCCUUCACCUGAGGAUCACGGGGCAGUUUCCAAUAUACGGAGAAUGUAUAAGGUGUUCCUAUUCAAAAUGGGAACCUUACGAGUGUUUUUAUAAUUUUAAUGCCAUCUGUGAGUCUGGUACUUUUGCAGAGUACAAGAGGACAGGUGUUUGCUCUGAGGAGCUUAUAAAGGUCACAUCUACACCAUACAUUUAAAGCUCAUUUAUACCACUUCUACAGUCAUUGCUCCUCACCACCAUCCUCCCCAAAAUCCUGGCAAUUGUAGUUUGUCCCCACAGAGCUACUGUUCCCAGCAGCCUUAACAAACUACCAUUCCCAGCCAUGUGCUUUCAAUGUAACAGGGGAAACAACAGAGGAAGGGAAAGCUGGUUGGUUUUUCAUAGUUCACUGAAAAAGCAAUACUGGUUGUGGGCAAAUAGAACAAAAUAUAUACACAGAGAUUUAUGGAUAAUUGAAAGGUGAGUGAUUACCACCAACCUGUCAAAGUGGGCCUGCUUUGGGGGGUGGGGAGAUAAAAAGCUGUCUCA